GCCUUGACGCCGCUACACCGUAAUCCCGAUGGAUUGAGUCAGGGACGGAGGUGAAGAGGCGAGCAAAGGAUCAGCUCUGUCCCUGCACCGCUUACUGUUUUUAUUUUUGUGCGAUUUUUAAGCGUCUUUAAAAUACAUUUUUGGAAAGUAAAAAAAUCAGAGGUUUUAUUAUGUAUUGUUAGUCGCCGGGGGUGUUGAAUGAUCAGAUCCAAGCAGACCCAGCCUUUGGAAGUUUUGGGGCCACUGCAGAUGAGAUGAACAGGUUGUGGAGACGUGAUGUACCCCUCUCCGAGCGCCUUGGGGACGACUCGCCCGUCGGCAUGGCGCCGGGACCCCCGGCCACCGCCGCCCCCGCCGGGCCUAAUAUCUCCUGGCUGCCAGAGGCACCACUGUUAAGCCCAGAGCAGCCCAUCUUCCUGAUGACCACGGCGGCCCAGGCUGUGUCGGGCUUUUGCGUGUGGACCGCCCUGCUGCUCACCUGCCACCAGAUCUACAUGCACCUGCGUUACUACAGCGCCCCCAACGAGCAGAGGCACAUCGUGCGCAUCCUCUUCAUCGUGCCCAUCUACGCCUUCGACUCGUGGCUCAGCCUGCUCUUCUUCACCAACGAGGAGUACUAUGUCUACUUCGACACCGUCAGGGACUGCUACGAAGCGUUCGUCAUCUACAACUUCCUCAGCUUGUGCUACGAGUACCUGGGAGGGGAGAGUGCCAUCAUGGCAGAGAUCCGGGGGAAGCCCAUUGAGUCCAGCUGCAUGUACGGCACAUGCUGCCUCUGGGGGAAGACCUACUCCAUCGGCUUCCUGAGGUUCUGUAAGCAGGCUACCCUGCAGUUCUGCGUGGUGAAGCCCCUGAUGGCCAUGGUGACGGUCAUCCUGCAGGCCUUUGGGAAAUAUCGAGACGGAGACUUCAAUGUGGCCAGUGGGUACCUGUAUGUGACCAUCGUGUACAACAUCUCCGUCAGCCUCUCUCUCUACGCCCUCUUCCUCUUCUACUUCGCCACGCGUGAGCUGCUCAGCUCCUACAGCCCCAUGCUGAAGUUCUUCAUGGUCAAGUCCGUCAUCUUCCUCUCCUUCUGGCAGGGCCUGCUGCUGGCCAUCCUCGAGAAGUGUGGCACCAUCCCCCGGAUCACCUCGUCGGAAAUGUCCGUGGGCGAGGGCACGGUGGCGGCCGGCUACCAGAACUUCAUCAUCUGCGUGGAGAUGUUCUUCGCUGCCCUGGCACUGCGACAUGCCUUCACCUACAAGGUCUACAUGGACAAGAGGCUGGACUCCCAAGGGCCGAUACCCACAUACGGACAGUACGGCCGCUGUGCCCCAAUGAAGAGCAUCUCCAGCAGCCUGAAGGAGACGAUGAACCCGGGCGACAUCGUCCAAGACGCCAUCCAUAACUUCUCUCCGGCCUAUCAGCAGUACACGCAGCAGUCCACGCUGGAGCAGCGCUCGGGACCGGCCGUGUCCCGCAGCCACAGUGUCACCAGCACCCGCGACAAUGAGAAGACACUGCUGCUCAGCUCUGAUGAUGAGUUCUGACCCCCACCCAGCCUGGAUGGAGGGGGGUCCAGGGGGAGGGGAGGGGCUUUUAUCAGGUGACCCUGCUCUCAUCCGGUGGCUCCCCAAGGGGCGAAGUGCCAUGGCCCCCUCCCCAUACACACUGUGGCCAACUUUACACACACAGAGUUACAGGCAUUUAAUCUACCCUACAGAGACUUGACCAUGAUGAACGGGCACACGUUAUUGUUUUUGGAACAGAACAUAAGACCAGCACACAGACACACACACAUGCCCGCUUUAGAUGUGGGAGGGGCUUCAGCUGGAUUGCACUUUCCCACUCCCUCAGACACCUAUACAGUCCAAAGCACUUAAACUCCCCGCUGAGUUCUGCAUGACAGCAGAGUGCUGUUUGUGUAGUCAGUGGCCCACAGUGUGACACAAGACAUCCGCAUCGAUUACCCAGACCGCUGCCAACGGUACAAGCUGUCCUAUAUGCUGCAACUGUACAGCCAUGCUGAGUAUGCAGUUCCGUAGGGGUGUGUUUGUACCCCAAACCGGUUUAAACAUCCAUCACUGAGCAUCAUUAAAGCAUCGGUGGGCUACCCACCCAGGUCUGUAAAUAAGAUGGACAGAUUGGUAAAUAUGAUUCACAUUCACAGAACAUUGAGGUCCACACACCCGCUGACCGGAAACGUUGGCACAUGGAGGUCUAUAUACACAAGCAGGCACACACACACACACACACACACCGAGCAGACAGACCAGUGCACACAGGCCAUAGAGGUUACUGCCGAUGGGAACGCACUGAAAGGUGCUAAACACCUUUAACGAGAGCUAAUCCUCUGAUUUCGGAAUUAUGUCGUCCGAGACCCGCAACGCUGCUUAUAAAACUGUUGCCAAAAAGAGGAAGAAUUUCUCAUGACCCCCCCAACCCCCAUUCCAUAGAGGGACUGAGGCUGAUGUGUGUGGCAUGCAAAUCGUCAUACGCAGCUCUUACAUGGAAGGGGAAUAGGGCUGAAUUGGCUGCCGGCGGUGCUAUGAUACCGAAGGCUAUGGAGGAGUACAGGAUGCGAGGGUCCAGCCCUGAGUGGUGGCCGGUAAAGGGCGGGAUUACACUCCUGACAUUUCCGGACAUUCUUCACGGCCCAGGCUUUCGCUGAUGCCAUAAGGCGGUGUUUCUCAACCCGGUCCUCGGGGACCCCCGGCCGGUCCACGUUUUCGGAAAAACCAUGGAGCUGGGCGCAAACAAAAAUGUGGGCUGUCUGACAGGGAGCAAGGAGGGAGCAAAAACGUGGACCGGGUUUUGAAACCCGUCUGUAAGGUACAUAGGCAUUGGUGAUUCACAGGCUUUAGCUGUAAUGGUACACAGAGACUUUCUAAUCAUUAGCCUUACGGGGACAUAUUUAUGUCUAACUGUAGUUAGAGAGUGAUAAACAUUGUAAUAUGUUGCUGUGUAGGGCUGGGCGGUAUCAUAUCGAUAUAUCACGCUUGCGCGAUAAUCACCGAGCCUGAUCAAAUGACAGACGAAGCAUUUGGCCGGAUGCCAGCUUUUUGGUGCUAUACGGACAUUAAUUUAUGCCCAUAAUUUGGUAAGAGGAUUAGUAGUGUGGCUUAAAUAUUAAUGAGAUGCGUUUUGUGAUACCCAAAAGUUAGUAAUCUGUAUAAACUUUGUUUCUUAAAUUCGAUUAGCGGAGCACCCCACAUAAUACUGUUUUGGUAUACUACGGUUUGGUAUGCGACAGUGCAAUAUGUACUUAAGUCGCGGUGUAGAAGAGAAGCCACGAUAUCAACUAUACUAAUAAUGACUUUUGGACGUCAUACAAAGCCUCAUUAAUAUCUUAGCCGUACUACUAAACUGCUUGAAUUGUAGGCGUAAAUAAAUGUCCGUAUAGCACCGAAAAGCUGGCGCAUGGCCAAAUGUUGCGCCUGUCAUCUGAAGCCCUGGUGAUGAUUGCACAUGCGCGAUAUGAUAUCGCCCAGCCCUAUGCUCUGAAGCAAAUUAAAUUUACUGCAGCAGGUCCUGGCUCCGGCGCACUGCAGGUGUACAGGGUGUCAGUCGUGAAGCAGUACACGCAUGCUGUUGCAUAAUCGACAGACGGCGAGAGUUUGUGUCACCAUAAGAAGAGUGAUCAUGCUCUUCCCAUGGUGACUACAUACACGCUGCCUCUAUGGUGUAGUGCUGGGCUUGUAACACUAGGGGGCAACAGUAAAAUCUAAUUUACACAUGAAGCGCUGUUCUGAUCCCACAAUAAGAAAUGUACGUUGCCUUUUCUAUAGUUAUCCUCUUUAUCGUUAGCUUUUAGAGUGCCAGUGCCACACCCUUAUAGGGGCCAAUAUAUUUAACAGCUUUCGGAGAAUAUUUGGGUAGUCCUUAACAUAACUAUAGCUCCGUAUAUGCAGGGCUAACGAGUGACACAAAAAGGCCAUGAAACAUUUUGCCUGGGUUAAAGACAAGGUCACAUUUCUUUGGGAGUGGUUUUCAUAGACCAGUAAAAUGUACUGCAAGAAUUGCUGUGGAAGAAUGAUUUUGAGAGUCUGAGGUCUUUUGUGCAUAUUUUUCCCUCAAGUGUCCUCAAAAUAGAAAUCCUAAAUCUCAUUUGUGUGACAUCCCUCCUUUCUUUUAAAGCUAAUUGCUUCUGCUGAUAUGCUUUACUAUUAGGGAUUUUUAAAUGAACUUUCCUACUUUCUGCUAUCUUCUCUGAUCCUGCGAUCUCUGCAGCUUGGUUUAUUUUAUGAAUAAGGUAUAUAAAUAUUGUUAUUGCUCAAAGAAAAUAGGAUAUUGUAAAUAAACUUUAAAAGUAAAUGCUGGAAGAAUUUUAAUGGUUAUCAUAAUGUAAAGGUCAAAGAUGCUUAGUUUUGUACUGUCAUUGUUCCAUAUUGCCGUUUAUUUUUACCCGUUCUCCCCUUGCUCUUUGUAUAUUUACAAAAGGCUUGACAGAUUAUGCUUCUAUUUUCGCCUUUGUGAUGUUCAGAUGAAAAAUAAAAUGGAAGAAUAAAG